GGAGAAGGUCUGGUGUGAGGAACUGUGAGGAACUCUUUCUGCACUUUUGAUCAUUGCUGAUGCUCACAAAUUUGGCAGCAUGGAACCUCGCUGGUAUUGGUUGGAUGAUUCUGCACAAUGGAUUGAAUAUGGGAAACAGCAGUCAAACAACCCUGCGGCCACUGUAACAUCUGCCCAGGUGGAGAAGGCAUUUCAGGCAGAUCAGGAAGGCACUCUGAGAUUUCAAGUUCAUUCACAGAGAUAUGAGAUAAACUUCAAAGGCAUGAUCCAGAGAAACCUGCACACUCAGACGGCAAGACGAAUCUGCCGGCAGUCACAUGACACCUCCAGUGGAGAUGGGAGCCAGCAGGAGGAAAGUACGGAUAAACGCUGGUAUUGGUUGGAUGAAUCUAAUCAGUGGAUUGAAUAUGGAGAAGAGUCUCCAGACCACUGUGCUGCCACUGUAACCUCUGCCGAAGUGGAGAAGGCAUUUCAGGCUGACCAGAAAGGCACUCUCCGGUUUCGAGCAGGUUCUCAGCGCUAUGAGAUAAACUUCAAAGACAUGGUCCAGAGAAAUCUACUUACUCAGCAAGUGAGGAGAAUCUGCCGGUGGCCACCAGAUGCAUCUGAUGGAGAUGGGAACCAGCAAAGAGAAAGCACAGGACAACGCUGGUAUUGGCUGGAUGACUCAAACCAGUGGGUGGAGUAUGGGGACGAGUCUCCAAACCACUGUGCUGCCACCAUAACCUCUGCUGAAGUGGAGAAGGCGUUUCAGGCUGACCAGAAAGGCACUCUCCGGUUUCAAGCAGGCUCUCAGGGCUAUGAGAUAAACUUCAAAGACAUGCUCCAGAGAAAUCUGCACACACAGAUGACAAGACAAAUCUGCCGGUGGCCAGACAGCGCCUCUGAUAGAGACAUUCAGCAGAAGAAAAGCUGCUGCUGGUAUUGGCUGAAUGGGCAUCGUUGGGUUGAAUACGGGAAACAGCACUCAGACCAGUGUGCUGCCCCUGUAUCUUCUGCAGAGGUGGAGCUGUUAUUUCAAGCUCAUCAGGAAGGCUCCUGUGAAUUUAUAGUUGAUUCACAGAAAUACAAAUUUGAUUUCAAAGAAAUGGUCCAGAGAAAUCCGAAUACUCAGACUGUGACAAAAAUCUGCAGGAGUCCAAGUGCUGAAGUGAGUGGCAGUAGCGAACAGGACAAGAAAAGACAAUCAGAUGCUAUUCACACACAUCAUCUGUUUCCUUCAGACUGGGACCAUUCAGCACUACCAGAAACAGGAUAUGAGUUAGUAGAAGUCAGCCGCACUGCCAGCAAAUACAGAGAAAUUGAGAACCUAUUUCAGCGGACAAUGAAACAUUACAGAAUCCACAGGCUCCGGAGAAUUCAGAACCCGAUGCUUUGGCAGUAUUUCCAGUUGCAGAAGGAGCAGAUGAAAAAGAGAAGCCCAGGGCAAGAGGUAGAUGAGCGGCUCCUGUUCCAUGGCACAAGCUCGUCCCACCUAUCUGCCAUCUGUGAGCAGAAUUUUGACUGGCGGGUCUGCGGGGCUCACGGGACGCUGUAUGGAAAAGGAAGCUACUUUGCCAGAGAUGCCAGUUAUUCUCAUCAAUACUGCUCAUCCGGCACUGGUCACCAGAGCAUGUUUGUAGCUCAUGUUCUUGUUGGAGACUUUGUUCAGGGGCACAGAUCCUUUCUUCGUCCUCCGCCCAGACCGGGGAAUGUAAACAGGCUUUAUGACAGCUGUGUGGAUGAUCCAGGGGAUCCUUCCAUCUUUGUGAUCUUUGAGAAGCAUCAGAUUUACCCUGCCUAUAUUCUGGAGUACACACGUUCAUCCCAAUGAAGAUGAUGUCAGAGGUAACAAUAUCUCAUCUGAAAAUGACACUUAAACCUUAGAAUUUUUUGUUGCAUAUAAGAACUUUACUUCUGACUUCCAAUUACUCUUCAGUUCUGUUUCUAUUGCAAGAGUGGAAAUACAAGUAACGUAAAUUAUGAAAUGACUGGGUUCUUUAUGAGAGUUGUUUUCCUCAUAAAUAGAUGGUGGCAGUUAAAUUGUAAUAAAUAAUGUUAUCAUGACAAUGUGAUGAUCAUUUUCAUGUAAGUGUGAUGUAGAUUUAAACGUGCAUUAUGAUUAAUUUGUAAAACAAAUUACUUCCAUUUAUAGUGUGGUACAUAACUAGAUGUUGUUUAGGACAUGUUUGAGAGAAUUAAUACAGAAAAUAAGGAAAUGGAGUAAAAAAAGCAUACUUGAGGGGUGAUUCUUUGGAACUGUUUUUC